AUGCUGCUGCUCCUGCUGGGCCUGCUAAGCCCCGCUGCCUGCUGGGCCCUGGGCCCGGCUUUGGGCCUGGACGCCCCUGAGCUGCGAUCAGCCUUCUCGGCUGCGCGCACCACCCCACUGGAGGGCACAUCGGAGAUGGCGGUGACCUUCGACAAGGUCUACGUGAACAUCGGGGGCGACUUCGACGCGACCACGGGGCAGUUCCGCUGCCGCGUGCCGGGCGCCUACUUCUUCUCGUUCACGGCCGGCAAGGCCCCGCACAAGAGCCUGUCGGUGAUGCUGGUGCGCAACCGCGACGAGGUGCAGGCGCUGGCCUUCGACGAGCAACGGCGGCCCGGGUCGCGGCGCGCCGCCAGCCAGAGCGCCAUGCUGCAGCUCGACUACGGCGACACGGUGUGGCUGCGGCUGCACGGCCACCGGCCGCUCGCCUUCGACACCGAGCUCGUCAACAUCGGCGGCGACUUCGACGCCACCGCCGGCGUGUUCCGCUGUCGCCUGCCCGGCGCCUACUUCUUCUCCUUCACCCUGGGCAAACUGCCCCGCAAGACGCUGUCGGUGAAGCUCAUGAAGAACCGCGACGAGGUGCAGGCCAUGAUCUACGACGACGGCGCGUCGCGGCGCCGCGAGAUGCAGAGCCAGAGCGUGAUGCUGCCGCUGCGGCGCGGCGACGCCGUCUGGCUGCUCAGCCACGACCACGACGGCUACGGCGCCUACAGCAACCACGGCAAGUACAUCACCUUCUCCGGCUUCCUGGUGUACCCCGAUCUCGCUCCCGCCGGCCCGCCGGAGCUCUGAACCCCGGGCUGCAGAGGAGCCCGGGCGGGCCCUGGGGCGUGCAUGCCGAGCCGGGACCCGCGGCCCGAGCGCCCCGCCGGCGCCUGCCCGACGGCCGGCCCAGGGCGGCUAGACUCUGCCAAUAAAGUGGGCCUG